AUGGAUCAUUUGCUACCACCAGAUCACAUCUUCGAAGUCUCGGCCGUGAGUCCAGCAUUGCUGUCUGAAGCCGCCACCGUCGGCGUCGGCGUCGGCAGCGGCUUCGACCAGCUGGGUGUCGGGGUUGGGGUUGGGGUUCAUGGACAAGGAACAUUCGUGGGUGUCGGUGAUGAGUCGCAUAGUGCCAAUCUCUACGAGGCUCUGUCUGGUGCUUCAAGUGUACACUUACAGAUGCCUCUAUCAACCCCAAUCUCGACGCAAACUGGACCAGUCCGCCGAAAAGGCCGAAACCAAUACACGAACCACCUCCCCCACCUCUCCCUUUACUCCGACCUCGACCUCCUCACCGACCCUUCCUCGUCUUCCUCUCUCGACCCACCACGCUCCCGCACCCGCACCACAUACCACGGCUUCCCCACCCCUUCCGCCUUCGACAACUUGCUGAACACGUACAUCGCGUCUCUUAGUCCAAAGAAACGGGAGAAGAGUUUGAUUACGCAGAGGAUGUAUGAUGUGAUUAUCCACGUAUUGGAGAACCCGACCGAAAAAGCCAUCGGGAGCGCACAAUUCCGGUUUUGGGUGCGGAAGAUGUUCGAACUGCACCACAUCAACACACACCCUUCAAACACACCUCAUGCUCAUGCUGCACGUCCGCAGUCGCAGUGGACAUUGUGCCAUGACGGCAAACCCGUCGUGGUCCGAGAGGGUUUGUAUGAUAUAUUGUGUGAGGCACAUGCGAUGUGUAGACAUGGUGGGAGGGACAAGACGUGUACUCAGGUGAAGAGGUGGUGGAGUUGGGUGCCGAAGGAGGUUGUGGCGAGGUUUGUUGGGAUAUGUCCGACGUGCCGUAAGAGCCAACAGAAAAUUCAAAUUCCAACACAAGCAGAUGGGGAGGGGUUGGGUUUGGUGGAGUCACACACGCGAGAGCAGGUCCCGGUAUUCGGGAAUCCAGGGGGGAUGAUGCUGCACACUCUUGAUCACUCUGGUGUUGGUGUUGAUGUGCUACGACAACCCUUACCGCACCUCACUUCAGACCCGACGAACGUCUCUACUGUCCCCGAUUUCGGGGCUGGGAUGGAUCUACAAUACGGACUCGGUCUCCCGGUGGCGGGUGAGUUACCGCCGGAGUUGAAUGUGCCGGCGACGGAGGAGUUGGGGAUGGGAUCGGGGUUGUAGACCUUUGGGUACUGGAGUGUUGUUUUGGCCUUGAUGGUAUGUGACGGCGUUCUCUUGAUUAUGGGUGGUUUGCUUCUGCAGCUCGGGGGUUGCAGUCCGUUGAAUUGGUAUUAAAGCGUGGCAUAACGAAAUAUACCUAAUACCUACCUACCUGGUAAACCACAUAUCGAACAUCGUUAUCUUACUCCU